UCGUAYACAGUCAUAGUGUCUUCUGCCUAUUGUGCUACGAUCAGUGUAGUUUUUCUGAGUGUGCAGUAAAUAGGUUAUAUAUUAUUAUGAAGCUGAUUUUUAAGUCACUGGGUACAUUACCCUUACGUCGGUUUUUAUCAACUGUACCCCAACUAUUAAAUCCUGUACMAGAAGCUACCCUAGAAGAAUGCUGUAUUCUUGUUAAUCAACAUGACCAAAAGUGUGGCUUUGAUGAACUACUAUUACAACAGCUUUCAUCGACCAAGAUCACAUUCCCUGAUCACUAUACAAAUUCUUGCUGCAGUCAUCCGUUAUACGAGAUUCAACAUGAUCGUAAAGAUUUAGAAGGAGCUAAAGCUGCUGCUUGUCGUAGGCUGGUUUUUGAAUUAGKCAUUCCUGCAAGCCAGUGUCAACCUAAAGACUUGCAAUAUAUAACCAGGAUAAAGUAUAUGUCUGAAGUAGAUCRAACCUGGGAUGAACACAAAAUUGAUUACACAUUUAUUUUGCACAAAGAUGUUUCUUUGGACCCCAAUCCAGAUGAGACCUGUUGCCAUAUCCUGCUGGCUUGUGCCGUUUCACCAUCAUCUCACAGGAAGGCACAUGCCACCCUUCGCAACGAGCCCUCAUCCCUCCAGAACGGAUAGCGGCUCCCCGGCAACUCAAUUAAGGCUGGUGGGACAAUCAAAGAUCUCUGGAGAAAGUCAUGAAUCAUAAAAAAAUUAUUACCUAUUAAACAAUUUUCUAUCAUGGAAAAUAUUAAUUUAGACUGGGACUAUAUAAACAUUUUUACUGCUUGAAGUAUGCAAAGGCAGUCAAGUUCAUAAAAAUAACUCAAGUUUGGUUAARUUAGAGAAUAUAAGAUCAAUAAGUUUGAAGUUAACUCUUAACUAAUAAAAAAUUAACUCAAUAAGUUAAAAGUUAAUAUAGAAA